AUGCGUCGGAUAGUAGUCGUCAAGUUUUUCCUAGUUCUGCUAGGAUUUGCUUCCUGCUGUCAACCACCAUUACCAUUGGGAUAUCAAACAAAUGUAUUACCAUUAACUGCUCCAAGUCCUCUGCAGUACGGUCCAACAAAUGGAUUCGCUUCCGGAAUCCCAAUCGACCAAUCCGCGCCGAUUCCUCCUCCACCUCCACCUGUAACUCCGCAGAUUUCUGAUUAUGAUGGCCAAUUAGAACCAAUCAAUGCAAAAGCUCACAAUUCAGAGAUAACACCGUAUCCGGGGUAUAUUCCACCACCUCCAGCGGCGUCAACAUUCCCGACACUGAUUAAUAAUAAGGAUGUUCCUGACGUUCGUCUUAACCAAAUCCAUCAGCAAUCUUCAAACACAUAUCAAUCUUCACAAUUAGAUAUUCAAACGUUGGAUCCAAUAAAACAAGACUUUUCUUGCCCGGACGAAAUCACCACAAUGACUGACUUCUUGAUAUGUGUGCAAAGGUUGUCCACCGUAACAUUAGACGAAACCAAUUUAAAAUGUGAUUUUGAAAAGGAUUCUGGGUGCAGAUUUAAAUCGAUAUCGAAUCCGCUAAGCGUUGGUAAUUUCCCACGAUCAGACCACUAUAGCUCUUUUGCUGCUCUCGCUUCAAGAUCGCCUCAAACGCAACCCAUUGGCAAUUUUGUGUUCUUCAUUGAACAUCGGGGAACGAAAGAUGAAUUUGUUGUUUCAACACCAAUUAUUUGUCAAAAGGGAGAUGGGAUUUUGAAGUUUGAUUACUGGAUUGUUGGGAACCAAUCGGAGGUUCUUUUAAGGGUAUGCACACAAAACCACAUCGCCAGAUCCUGCACACAAAAAAUAUCCUAUUCUAAUAAAACUUCCACUAUAGCCGUUGAGGUUGUACAUCCGAAUUCGACAUUCUUUGAGCUCGAAAUUGUCGCUUCGGAUAUGAUAAAUCCGACUAUUAUAGUAUACGAUAAUAUUGAAUAUAAUGCAAAUUUAUGUGAAUGGGAUGAAGAAGAAAAAGCUACGGAUUCUGAUACGUCUAUCUCUGUAGAUUCAUUUUUUGACGACGAUUUAGCAACAGUUGAGGCUGAAUCUACGAACAUCGUUGAAGCGACUCCAACUCACGAUAUUGAACCACUUACAAUUCCCAUAAGACCGAUUCGAUUAUCACCACAGAAAAAGGAGGACGGCGAUCUUACAGUGAACGAGGAAGAGAUUGAGGAAAACAAAUAUGAGUCGAUGUGUCAGAUUCUCUAUUGUGAUUUUACCAAUGAUUUAUGCUCUUACUCGAAUUAUGUAAACGAUUCGAUGCCGCUAGCGAACUGGCAAUUGGGAAAUCAAAAGGUUGGAAAUCCUCACACCGGUGUGAGAAAUCAAAAUGGAGGAUUUCUCUAUGUUGGCACUGAUAAUCCAGGAAAUUCGAAAAUCAUUAACUAUGUACUGGAAUCCCCUGAUCUAUCGAUUAAUGAGGAUAUUCAACUAUCUAUUGAUAUCUAUCGAAGAAGCAAUGACAUUACGUUGCAGAUAUGCUUAGACACACCAUUUUACUGUCCUUAUACGGCAAGUCGUUUUGAAAAAGACGUUUAUUGGAAGGAAGGUGAAAUUUUCCUAAUUCCUAAAGGGACCGUGAAGAUUUUCCUUCGAGCAAUUCAAUGGCGCCGAUUCAAAUGGCUCGCCAUUGACAAUAUCAAAGUGUUAUCGGACAAAUGUUAA